AUCGAGAUUUACGUGGAGCACUUGAACGCAUUCCCCACGUGAGCUAAUGCUAAACCACAACGGAAUCUGCUCCAUAAAUACCGACGUUAAGCUCCGCGGGUGUUUGUUCGGACUUCAUCUGAACUAGAAACGUAACGCAGCGUUAACGAGUGAUAAUAUCCUUUAAAACCCUCGUUUCCGUUCGCUCAGCUAGCUUAUAUGCUAUCGUAUGUGCUAGCUGAACUCCCAGCAGCCCCCGGAAGUGGAGAUGUUUACAUGGAGCCCUUCAGCGGAACAACAAAGACAGCUGGCGGAGAGACUCACGACGUUCCUGUCCCCUUACGGCUACCUGUCCGACUCCUAUAUCAUCGAGUUCUUCUCCAAAGAUCACUGGCACUCGUUGCCCACCAGGUGGCAGUCCGUGCUGCAGGAUCUGACGUCACAGCAGGUUGCAGACCUCCUACUGGAUCGCGGGCAUGGAGACAGGAGAUAUCCUUCGCCGUGGCCUCUGUCCCUCCUGGCGUUUCGUGCCACCGCUCACGCUCUGGCGUUCCCCAGAGAGCGCCGGCCGCAGCGAGGCGGCGGCGGCGGUUCGCUGCCGGCCGACGAGUUCCUGGACAACCAGAGUCAGAGCUCGCUGCUGGGGCACAUAUUCAGGAAGCACGUCAAACCCAAGAAACAGCACGAGAUCCGCAAGCUGGGCUCGCUGGUGAAACAGCUGUGUGACCAGACCGACUGCAGCACCGUGGUGGACGUUGGCUCCGGACAGGGUCACCUGACUCGUUUCCUGUCCUUCGGCCUCGGACUGUCUGUCACCGCCAUUGAGGCGGAUCACGCCCUGGUCGCCACGGCGUCGAAGUUUGACGGACAGUUGCUGUGCGCCUUGGAGAAGGAAGGGCAGAAAGAGAACUGCUCCUCUCUGGUCCCGGUGUCACAUUCGCCUCCCCGCCACGUGGUCGGUUGGGUAAACCCCAAUGCAUCAUGGGAGGCCUUCAUCGAGCAGCUGAGUGCCGCACAACUUGUCAACGAAAGUCCCCCGACUCCAUCCGGGCCCAGCAAAAAGAGUCCGCGGGGCUCUGAGCAGGUCCAACCUCCCGGUUCCCAUGCGGUAGAGACCUCGUCGCGUCCUGGCUCCACAGAACCCGAAUCCACAGAACCCGGCUCCACAGAACCCGAAUCCACAGAACCCGGCUCCACAGAACCUGAAUCCACAGAACCCGAAUCCACAGAACCCGAAUCCACAGAACCUAAAUCCACAGAACCCGAAUCCACAGAACCCGAAUCCACAGAACCCGAAUCCACAGAACCCGGCUCCACAGAACCUGAAUCCACAGAACCUGAAUCCACAGAACCUGAAUCCACAGAACCUGAAUCCACAUCACGUCGGCAGCUCACAAAGAACGAGCCCGAGGAGGCGUCCCCGGACUUCGUCCUCACCGGUCUCCACGCCUGCGGCGACCUCAGCGCCACCCUCCUCCGCCACUUUGUCAACUGCCCGCACGUGCGCGGCAUCACCUCCGUGGCGUGCUGCUACAUGAAAACCACCACCAAAGAAAACCCCGACCCUCCGGGUCUGGCGGACCGAGACGCCGACCCCUCAGAGUUCGGCUACCCAAUGAGCUCCUGGGUGGGGGGGCUGCCGGGGCAUCGGCUGUCCUAUAAGGCGAGGGAGGGGGCGUGUCACGCCGUGGAGGACUACGCUCGGAGGCUCCGGGAGGGCAGCGAGGCGCUGAGGACGCACUGUUACCGGGCCGCGCUGGAGACCUUCAUCGCGGACGCGAGACCGGAUCUGCGGAGGGCGGGAAUCCAGACCAUAAAGAAAGCCCACUUACUGCCAUUUACAGAGUACGCCCGUCUGGGCCUGGCUCGGGUCGGCCUGCCCCCCGGGCUGCCCCUGGACCCGGAGCAGGUGGAGGCCAUGUUGAAGCAGCAGAACCGGGUGGUGGUCUACUUCAGCCUGGCGCUGCUGCUGGCGCCGGCGGUGGAGACGCUGGUGCUGCUGGACCGGAUGAUCUACCUGCGGGAGAACGGUGUGGACAGCCAGCUGGUUCCUCUCUUCGACCCCAACGUCUCUCCGAGGAACUUUGUGCUGGUGGCUCUGAAGCCGCGACUUCUUUAGUCGCUCGUCGGUGGAGGAAGUCAACACAACUGUCUUUUUUUCUUUUCUUUUUUUAAAGGAAUAAUAAACGUUAACACUGAAAACACA